ACUGAGUGAGAGAGUGAGCCGCUGCAGGAGCCGGAGCCCGAGGGAGGAUCUCUGUAUCGGAUACUUACAUCUACUCUUACUCCAGGACAUGAAAUCCGUAUUUUAAACCCGUUUUUUUUUGUUUGUUUUAAAAACAAAAACAACUUUACUCCAGUCCAAAAUGACGGUGGAUUUUGAAGACUGUAUUAAAGAUUCACCCCGGUUUAGGGCAAAUAUUGAUGAGGUGGAGACAGAGGUUGUGGAGAUCGAGGCGAAACUGGACAAGCUGGUGAAGCUAUGCAGUGGGAUGAUUGAAGCAGGAAAGACGUACGUCAGCGCCAACAAGCUCUUUGUCAACGGCAUCCGGGAUCUGUCUCAGCAGUGCAAGAAGGAUGAAAUGAUCUCGGAGUGCCUGGAAAAGUGCGGUGAAAGCCUCCAGGAAAUCAUCAACUACCACAUGAUCCUGUUUGAUCAAGCUCAGCGGUCCGUGAAGCAGCAGUUGAACAACUUUGUGAAAGAGGAUGUUCGGAAGUUCAAGGAGACCAAGAAGCACUUUGAUAGGGUGCGUGAGGAUAUGGAAAUAGCACAGGUGAAGAACGCUCAGGCGCCGAGGAACAAGCCUCAUGAGGUGGAAGAAGCAGCCGGCACACUCAGCAUCACUCGCAAGUGCUUCCGACACCUCGCUUUGGACUACGUACUGCAGAUCAAUGUCCUCCAGGCAAAGAAGAAAUUUGAGAUCCUAGAUGCUAUGCUGUCAUUCAUGCACGCCCAGUACUCGCUGUUCCAGCAGGGCUACAACCUGCUGGAUGAGAUCGACCCGUACAUGAAGAAACUGGCUGCUGAGCUGGAUCAGCUGGUGAUUGAUUCAGCCAUGGAGAAGAGGGAGAUGGAGCACAAACAUGCAACCAUACAGCAGAGGACCCUCUUGCAGGACUUUUCGUAUGACGACUCUAAGGUGGAGUUCAACGUGGAUGCUCCCAAUGGUGUGGUGAUGGAGGGCUACUUGUUCAAGAGGGCCAGCAAUGCCUUUAAGACCUGGAACAGACGGUGGUUCUCCAUACAGAACAGUCAGCUGGUCUAUCAGAAGAAGCUCAAGGAUUCGCUGACGGUGGUGGUGGAAGACCUCCGGCUGUGCUCCGUUAAACCAUGUGAGGACAUCGAGAGGAGGUUCUGCUUUGAGGUCGUCUCCCCCUCCAAGAGCUGUAUGCUUCAGGCUGAAUCUGAGAAACUAAGACAAGCGUGGAUUCAGGCGGUUCAAGCUAGCAUUGCCUCAGCCUACAGAGAGAGUCCAGACACCUACUAUAUCGAGCAUCUGGACAGAACAGCCUCUCCGUCCACCAGCAGUAUUGAUUCGGCCAGUGAGCCCCGGGAGCGCAGCGUCCGAGGGGACACCAUCCUGCAGCGGAUCCAGUGUCUGCCAGGGAACGAGCAGUGCUGUGACUGCGGCCAGGCCGACCCUCGCUGGGCCUCCAUCAACCUGGGCAUCCUGCUGUGUAUCGAGUGCUCCGGCAUCCACAGGAGUCUCGGAGUUCACUGUUCGAAGGUUCGCUCACUCACACUGGACUCAUGGGAACCAGAAUUAUUAAAGCUAAUGUGUGAGCUUGGAAACAGUGUCAUCAACCACAUCUACGAAGGCUCGUACCAAGAACAAGGUCUAAAGAAACCAUUGCCGUCCAGUUCAAGGCAGGAGAAGGAGGCUUGGAUUAAGGCAAAGUAUGUAGAGAAGAAAUUCCUGAAGAAGCUGGGUUCCACAGAGAUACUCAUCAAUGGAGAGAGGAAGUCGGAGCGGCGGUGGAGCGUGAAGAAGUGUCGGAGACACAACAGUGCCACCACGGUCCCUAAAACACGCCGAAGAUACCGACAAGAGCCCGGAAGCACCUCCCCUUCCACCCUCUCCGCAGCAGCUGCCAAAUUCAGACGAGACUCCCUGUUCUGUCCCGAUGAGCUGGACUCUCUCUUCUCCUAUUUUGACACGGGAUCUGGGCCUCGAAGUCCGGCAGGCCUGAGCAGUGACAGCGGGUUGGGAGGCAGCACAGAUGGCAGCACAGACAUCCUGGUGUUUGGCUCAGUGGUGGACAGUGUCACAGAGGAGUGCGAGGUGUCGGAGGAUUCGAGUGGUGAAGCGGAGCUGGAGGCUGAGCCGGAGACGUCAGACCCUGAGGACAUGAGGGACCUUCAUCCCGGAGCGCUGCUCUACAAAGCCUCGAAAGCCCGUAACCUGCCGGUCAUGGCUGAAGCACUGGCCCACGGGGCGGAUGUCAACUUAGUCAACGACGAGGACGAAGGAAAGACGCCUCUCAUACAGGCUGUGAUUGGGGGUUCAUUGAUCGCCUGCGAGUUCCUGCUCCAGAACGCUGCUGACGUCAACCAAACGGACGCGAGAGGGAGGGGCCCCCUGCAUCACGCCACAUAUCUGGGACACACAGGGCAGGUGUGUUUAUUCCUAAAGAGGGGAGCGACACAGAACGACGGGGAUGAGGAUGGCCAGGACCCUUUGAGUAUAGCUGUGCAGCAAGCCAAUGCAGACAUAGUCACACUGCUGCGUCUGGCCAGGAUGAAUGAGGAGAUGCGGGAGUCGGAGGGACCCUUCGGACAACCAGGAGACGCCACAUACCUUGACAUCUUCCGAGAAUUUUCCCACAUGGCGUCCCACAACCCAGAGAAGCUGAAACGAAGGAGUGUGCACUUCCGACACUCCUUCAGGUAGUCCGCCAAGCGUCUGGAGGGAAGCAAAAAUCGUAUACUUGAAAAGUGCAGCAGCCACUUUCCACAUGUAGUCACAAUUGGAGGUUGCAUCAGUCCAACAUCACAAGUCAUUGAAAUUUGAAACCACUUCUAGAAAAAUCUGAUAAAAAAAAGGAUCAUUAUCAUUUAUAUUCCUUAUGAGAUUUUAAACUUUAAAGUGGAAGUCAAGGAAAUCUGUCCGGUUUGGUGACGCUGUUUGUUCAGUGUUUAGAAUAGCUGCAUUAUAGAGUCUUGUGCUGUUCUUAGCUCGACCUUUUAUUUUGAAAUGAGGAUUUGCUGGUCUUUUCCCUCAUAAAUACAUAUAUAAAUAUAGUAUUGCUUUUGUACAGUGUUAGAUGAAACUUUUAUUAAAAUCCCAAGCACUUGUUUUGUUUAUUUUUCUUUAUUGUUGUUGUUUAUUUUUUUGUAUAAAUGAUUUGUUUUGCUGCAUCAGUUUCAUUAUUCGGAUCAACAUAUCUGAUUCACUGAAGGCCUUUCAUCAAUACUUUACAUAAAUACAUGUUUCUGUGUUUGUAAUGCAUGCAUUUACUCCCAUUAUAUUUCAUACUUAAACUUGAAUUCAGCUACGUGUCAUAUCAUCAUUAGUUAUCAUCAACAAUCCAAUGUCUUGAAGUCUUAUUUGUCUCCAUGAGCAUUUUAUUUGCAGAUGAAAUGUGUUGUUUUUUUGACUAUGCUGGUGUAGUCUUUGUAAUAUUGUUGUUUAAAUGUCAGUACCACUAUGAAAUGCAGUGCUUAUGUUACUGUGUACAUGCUGUAGAAGCACAAAAAUGCUAAUAUAUCUGAAUGAACAGGGAUACUGAUGGAAGAUGGAUGAAAAUAAACAUUUUGUCUGUGUUUACACACAUUUUCUGAGU